AUGUCGACAGUGGGAGGAGAACCACGAGCAGCGCUGAUCCCGAUCGCUGACGGGACCGAGGAGAUUGAGGCGAUUGCAGUGGCAGACGUUCUGACGCGCGGAGGAAUGAAGGUGACGCUGGCCAGUGUUGGUCGCAAGCUUCAGAACAUUGUGACCAUGUCACAGGGAACGAAAGUGCAGGGUGAUAUCGCCAUUGAAGCUUGUAGCGACCUUAGCUUUGAUCUCAUCAUGUGUCCUGGGGGCCCUGGUGCACAACACCUUCAUGAUUCGGCUGAGCUGAUCACGAUGCUGCAGAAGCAAAAGCGGCAAGGCCGGUUCUAUGGCGGCAUUUGUGCAGCACCAGCUGUUGUGCUUCUUCCCCAUGGACUACUUGAUGCAGGUCCGGCUACAACGUAUCCAAGCUACGAGUCCAAAAUGACUGGGGUUGAUUACCGCCCCAAGGAGCGUGUCGUAGUAAAUGGCACAUGCGUGACCAGCCAGGGCCCCGGUACUGCAAUCGAGAUGGGAUUAAAGCUUGUGGAACUGCUGUGUAGCGAGGAAAAGGCAAAGAGCGUGGCUUCUGCCUUGAUUGCGUGA